AUGGGCUGCGGCACGAGCAAGCCGGGCCUGGCCGCCGCCCUCCCCUCCGCCACCGAUCUCGGCGUGAGCGAGACGAAGCUGGAGCUGUGGCGCGAGCGCGGCGGCGGCGACCUCGAGCCGGUCCUCGCGAGCGGCGCCGUCGCCCUCCUCGACGCGCAGUGGAUCAUCAGCCACGCCGAGGCGGGCGGCGUCCUCACCCACCGCCAGGCGCUGCCCAAGGAGGCCUUCCUCUCCCUCGCCGACCUCGUCGAGGCGACCGGCGAGUGUGACCUUCCCUGGCUUCCCGUCGGAGCGCUCUCCUACCCGUGGCUGACCAAGGACCACCCCGACCCGCGCGGAGCCAACCUCGCCCGCGUCGCAAGGGCGCUCAAGGCCCUGCUCAGCGAUCCCGACAUCCCGCGGCUCGGCGUCUUUUGGGACUUCGGCUCGCUGCACCAGCACCCCGACCCCGCCAACGGCGUCGUGCGCACCGAGGAGCAGAACGCGCUCUUCAAGCAGGGGCUGGGCUGCCUCGGCACGCUCUACUCCCACCAGCACACUUG